GUGUUGUAAAUUCUAGAACCAAUUUCCCCGCCAUGUUUUUCCUGCAAGUUCAUUCAGUGGACACCGACCAACCUCUUACCGUCGGAAUUUCGCCGGAGCAAUCUUCAACCACCAGCACCGUUUCUCAACGAAACAGUACAGCUUCUUACGUCCAUACGAAAUUCAGCGAACGAAGGGGCAUCAUCCAUUUAUUCCGUAGCAUUUCGCACUCGUCGCUCCCGAACCCUAGCUCUCAAUCCACGAUUCUCUUUGUUGUUGCUGUUCCGAACUAUCUAUCAUACGAUGAUUUCAUUAACUUUUGUGGUUCUCGCAUUAACCAUGUCUCCGAGCUUCUCUUCAUCAGGAACGAUGGUAUGGAAGAACGAUACAGUGUUUUGAUUAAGCUUGGAAACCAAAUGGAUGCCGAUGGGUUUUUUGGCAGUUUGAAUGGCAAGAAGUUUUCUCCCUCCGAGGCUGAGGUAUGUCAUAUUCUGUUUCUGAUGUCUGUCGAGUACACAGAAUCAGCAGAGGUAGCUGGGUCGCCUCCUGACGGAUGUACUGAAUUGCCUACUUGUCCCGUUUGCCUGGAGAGAUUUGAUCCUGAUACUAGUGGAAUAAUUCACACACUAUGUGACCAUUCAUUUCACUGCCCCUGCAUUUCAAAAUGGACUUCUUUAUCUUGCCAGGUCUGUCGAUUCUGUCAACAACAGGAUGAGAAACAAGCUUGCUUCAUUUGUGGAACUCUGGAGAAUCUCUGGGUGUGCGUGAUCUGUGGCUUUCUAGGAUGUGGAAGGUAUAAGGAAGGGCAUGCAAUCAGGCAUUGGAAGAAUAUGCAUCACUGCUAUUCUCUUGAUUUAAGAACACAGCAAAUUUGGGAUUAUGUUGGUGACACUUAUGUUCACCGCUUGAACCAGUCAAAAGUUGAUGGUAAGUUUGGAGAGAUGAAUUCACACUGUAUUUCACAUGAAGGAGAGUGUGGAACUUGUGAAUAUGAUGAAGACUCCGGAAUCAAUGAGGCCCUGUACAGCAGUAAAGUUGAAGCAAUUGUGGAUGAGUAUAAUCGGCUUCUUGCAACGCAGCUGGAAACUCAGAGACAAUACUAUGAAUCUCUGCUGGCAGAGGCAAAAAGCAAAAGGGAAGUUUCCGUUUCUGAAGCAGUGGAAGAGGCUUUAAUAUCCAAGACUCAGGACAUUCAUGAUAAACUUGAAAACUGUGUCAAGGAGAUAAACGUUGUUUCCGACGUAAAUCAGAAGCUCAUCAAGAACCAAGAAAUGUGGAUGGCUAAAGCAAAGCAAGUUGAAGAAAGAGAACUCGCUUCGUUGAAAUCGAGGAACGAGAAAAUACAUGAUUUGGAAGAACAGAUAAGAGAUCUUACAGUCUACAUUGAAGCCCAAAAGACACUCAACAAAAUUACAGAUUCAGAUGACAUAAAAGGAGGAACACUUUUGCCUGUACCUGCAAAAGAAUCUUCCCCCAGCAGCGGCAGAAAGAAGGGCAGCCGAAGGCGGAAUUAGAGAGACGCGUGCUCUUGCCUAAACUAAGGAGAAAAUGAAAAUGCUCUCUUUGAUCAUUGUUCCUUUAAGAAAAAACGUUUGAUUGACUGAGAUCUAUGAUUUGUUGUCUCAUGUAAAGUAAAGGUAUAUAUAUUAUAUCCAUCAUGUCGAUAGCAGGAAUAUUAUUAGGAUAUAUACAAUAUUAGUCCCUCAUUUUAUCAAUAUAUACAAUACUAGACCCUCAU